AAACUUCCCACCACCUGCUAUUGCAAAUGUAAAUUUGCAAAACGCGCUAAGAAAAUGACGGAUGAUACCGCAGUCAAAGUAGUCGUGAGAAUUCGUCCUUUGAUUUCUCGUGAUAUUCUUGACCUGUGCCAUGUGUGUACUACCACCGUUUCCAAUGAACCACAGAUCUGGAUUGGCAAUGACAAGUCUUAUACCUUCGAUGAGGUAUUUGACAUGCCGACUCUCCAAGAAGAUGUAUUUGAUAGUUGCGUUAAGGAACUUGUUGACGGUUGCUUUGAUGGUUACAAUGCAACCGUAUUGGCUUAUGGACAAACAGGAUCUGGCAAAACAUACACAAUGGGUACUGGUUUGGAUCACAGUUUUCAGCAAGACGAAAGGGGAAUCAUUCCACGAGCUGUGGAACACUUGUUUCAGAAGAUACAUGACAUUCAAGAACAGGAAAAGAAAAAAGGAGGAACUCCUCCCGAAUUUAAAGUGAACGCUCAAUUUAUGGAACUAUACAAUGAAGAAAUAAUAGAUCUUUUAGAUUCAACUAGAGAUAUGGAUAAUAAGAAUCGAAAAAUCAUAAGGAUUCAUGGAGAUUCCUUAGGCCAAAUCUAUGCUGAUGGAGUUAUUGCUCAAUGUGUCACAAAUGUACAAGAAGCUCUACACUGUUUAAAAAUUGGAUCCCUCUCCAGAACAACUGCUAGUACGGGUAUGAAUACUCAGUCUUCCAGAUCACAUGCAAUAUUUACACUCCACAUAAAACAACAAAGAUUAGUUAAGUUAACAAAGGCAAACCGUGAUGAGACAUGUAAUUCAUCUAUACAUGAACAUUUGGAGUCUCUGAGUGAUUUUGAAACAGUAACUGCCAAAUUUCAUUUUGUUGAUUUGGCUGGUUCUGAGAGACUUAAGCGUACUGGUGCUACGGGUGAUAGACAAAAAGAGAGUAUAUGUAUUAAUUCUGGCCUGCUGGCUCUUGGCAAUGUCAUAUCAGCUCUAGGAGAUAAAUCUAAAAAAGCUACUCAUAUACCAUACAGAGACUCAAAGCUAACUCGCCUUUUGCAAGAUUCUUUAGGGGGCAACAGUCGGACACUAAUGAUUGCUUGUGUUUCGCCAUCUGAUCGAGAUUUUGUAGAAACUUUAAGCACUCUUAAAUAUGCAAAUAGAGCUAAAAAUAUCAGGAAUAAAGUCAUUGCCAACAAAGAUAAAUCUAGCCAGACAAUAAGUGCUUUGAUCAAACAAGUUGAAAAUUUGCAAAUAGAACUGAUGGAGUUCAAGCAGGGCAAAAGAAUUAUUGGUGAUGAUGGUGCUGAAUGUAUAAAUGAUAUGUAUCAUGAAAAUACCAUGUUGCAGUUAGAGAACAGUACGCUUAAAACCAGAAUCAAAGCACUUCAAGAAACUAUUGAUAGAUUAACCGCCAAAAAUACAAUGCUUCUAGUCGAAAAGCAGAGUGGAGAUUGGAUAACAGGUGGCAGUGACUCUAAAUCUGACAUUUCAGCCGUGAUUAAGGCAUAUGUUGAAGAAAUUGAAUCCUUAAGAGCUAAAUUGAUUGAAUAUGAAGAAUCAUGUGCACUGCUACGAAAGCAAUCGCAAAGACAAUCCCCCCGUUGCUCGUUUACCCCAACCUCAACUGUUGCAAUUACUGGUCAGUAUGAUAUAAGAGUAGAUACAGCUCAGUCUGUCACAGAAGUGUUGGAAGAGGCCAAAAAGAAUGUUCAAAGAUUGAAGCGUAAAGAAAGAAAGCUGAAAUCAACAACGACUGUAAAAGAAAAAGAAAAUGUUAAUCUUAGUGAUGAAGAUAAAGACAUUGCAGAUGAAAAUGAAAACAAUGAAGAAGUCUAUGAAGAAGAUGGUAGCAGUUCUGGUUCUGAUACAGAAAAAACAGAUCAAGAUGAAAAACUAAGUGAAAAUUUGGCAGAUCUGACUUGUGAAAUAUCCUUGAAAGAGAAACUCAUCAAGCAGCUGGAGCAUAGUCAGAACCGCAUCCAGAGCAUGAGAAAACACUAUGAGGAGAAAAUAACAUUGCUACAGGCUAAAAUUUUAGAAACUGAAAGGGAAAGAGACAAAAUUCUAUCUAAUUUAGGCAAAACAUCUGAAAGCAAAAUAGAAGAAAAGAGAAUCCGAGCAGAUUAUGAGAAAAAGUUAUCUUCUUUGAAGAAUGACAUGAAGACUAUGGAGUCCGCUAAAAGGCAGCAUGUUCAUUUCAUGAAUAAUGCUUCUAAUUCUGAGAACCAGUUGAAGAAAUUGAAGCAAGAAGUUGCUGAAAUGAAGCGAGCUAAGCAAGUUUUAAUGAAUAAGAUGAAAGAAGAGGCAAAAAAAUACAGAGAUGUAGAACAGAAACGCAACAGAGAGAUUGCCCAGCUAAAAAAAGAAAAGACAAAGAAAGAGUCGCAAAUAAAAGCUCUGGAAGCUGAUAAAAAGCGCAAGGAAACAAUGUUACAGCGUCGAACGGAAGAAAUAAUUAGUUUACGUAAAAAGACUGUUGUGAAGUGUGUCUCCCCAAAAAUAUCUGGCAGAUGGAGAACAGGUUUGUUUUCACCAAAAAUUGCUAAGCAGAAAUGGCAAGGUCUGGAAAAAAAGAUAAAUAAAUUAGUUUUACACAAGCAAAGUAUAGCAGCAAUAGAAAAAGACAUGGACCGAUGGCUAAAAGAACGAGAAAAGCUGGGCAGAUGUUUAGAAAAGGUGACAAGAAAAUAUGAUAGAGCAAUUAUGGAAGGAAAGGGACUUGCUGUUAUAGCUGAACUUGAAGAUGAAAUUGAAAGCUUAAAAGCAAAUAUUGAUUAUGUCCAUGAAAACAUAUCUGACUGUCAAACUGGGAUAAUGCAAAUGGAAGAAGCAAAAGAACCUACAGAUCCAGCAGAUAUUAUUGGCUCGUUGAAAAGUAUGCAGUUUGAAGAAUCUCAAUAUUUAAUAGAGAAGAUUGUUAACAUGGCAAUAAACCAAAGUUUUCAAGCCGCACAAAAAGAAGCAACAAUCAAGGAAUUAGAAUCGCAGUUGAAACAAGUAAUUGAAAAUAAUGCUGUUCAAGAGCAGUUACUAUUUCAUGUUGUGCAACAAGCAAAUGAGCAUUUGUCUGGAGUUAUUGAGCUAACAGCUGCCAAUAAUGAAGAGCUUGAACAUCGUAGGAGUAACUCAAACUCUAGAUCUCCUUCACCAUCUGACAGUAUGCGAAGUACUUAUGAAACUCCAGUUGCAACUGAAUGGACGAAAAAGAGAAAGGCUAGAAAUAUGUUUGUCACAAAAGAGCAAUUGCUCUUUUCUACUGCAGAACCUCAGGAUAGUGAGGCAUAUAAUAAUGAAAUAAAUAAAACUUCCAGUGUUCCACAAAAGCCUGCUAUAACAAUGCAGACUGGAAGGACCAAUGGAGACUUGAAUGAUAAAUCAAGGUCAUAUGUGAUAUUACCAGCUACAGAUCAAGAUGCAGAGAUCAAUAAGUAUUCAGAAUUAUUAUCUCCAUCAGAAACCAAAGUGAUAAACACAUUAUGCCAAUUCAAGCCAUGUAUUGAUAGCCAUGAAUCGCAGAACUCGAAUUUAGUUCGUUCUCACAUUAUUGAUGGGCAUAAUAAACCUGUUCUGUGCGUUGAAUGCACGGAUGACGUCCUUUUUACUGGCUCAGAAGAUUGUUCAGUGAAAAUCUGGGACCUAACAACAGGUACAGAGAUACAAACCUUAAAGGAUCAUCCAAGUGGCGUGGUAAAAGUUGCUUACUGUGAAUAUACUAGAAAAGCAUUUAGUGCCUCAUCUUCUGUCAUCAAAGUGUGGGAUGUUCGUCAAAAUCCUGCUUCGGUUGUUCACACAUUCUGGUCUUCACCCCAACAGAAGAGAGUUCAUGACCCAAUUUUGGCAUCCGAGUAUUUGAUAAAUGACAUUGCUCUAAAUCAGUAUGGUACUCUUCUUUACAGUGCUACCUCUCGAGUGGUGCAAAUCUGGGAUUUAAGAAUGUUUGAGAGUGUAGGUGCUCUCAAUGUUGGUUAUGGAGCAAAUGUGCUAUCUUUAGCUGUGACUGAUGUUGAAUUUGAGAAAAACAUGAUUGUCUGUGGCUCUGAAGAUAAAUCAAUCAAGGUAUUUGAAAUCAAAGAACAGGAUUUUGGUGUCCAUCAGCCAAGAUUUAGCCUUUCUCCUCCCCAUUAUGAUGCAGUUGAAGCUUUAGCUAUUUAUGAUAGCUAUUUAUUCACUGGCUCCAGAGACACAUCCAUUCGAAAAUGGGAUUUGCAUAAAAGAAGUGUUGUUCAGACUGUACAGAAAGCUCACAAGGAUUCAGUAUGUUCCCUUAAUAUACUGCAGGGUGGCGAUAGCUUUGUUAGUGGCAGUUGUUCCGGUUCCUUGAAGCUGUGGACAAUGAACAGGUGUUCUCUGAUAGAAGAGAUCAAAGCUCACAAGUCUUCCAUCAAUUGUAUCACUUCCAAUAACUCCCUCUCCUUCACUGCUUCUAGUGACUGCACUGUUGGUGUAUGGAAAAUGAAUUCAGGAAUGAGAAUUCUACACUGACGCGGCAUGGAAGUUUUUGAUUUUAACAUUCCAGCACGUUCAUCAGCAAUAUUGUGCCUUCAGGAUAUAUGUUUGUUGUUUUAUGAUGUGAUAAGCAUUUUAAAAUGUAUUUAUUGUUUUACAGUUGUGAUUUUUAAUUUUAUUAGAUUAUUUAAAGUUUUAGAAUUAAUUGUUGGAUUUGUGAAAAGAAAUUGUUGUUAUUUAAUUUUUCAUUUAACGAUGACUUGCAGGGAAUAUAUUUCCCCCUUAUUUGGUGUGAUAAAAAGCAUUUUAAUUAUUACUGCAAUUUUUCCCUGUCUCUUUAAAGUUUAUGCUCAUGGCUUAAAAUUUAUGUAAUCCCGGAGUUUCAAUUCAGAAAAUUCAAUUAGAUUAUUGGUAUAAAAAGCAGCAUUAAUAUUGUUGAAUUAGGUGAUAAGUAUCUUAAACUGUAUUAGCAUAUGUGAUUUUGAAUUCUUUUAGAUAAGUUUUUAAAUUAUUGGGUUUGUAAUUAUUUUUUUUAACUCUAUUUGAUAUUUGAUUUAAGAAUGACUUGUUGGGGGGAAAUAUCCCCCCUCUGAUGUGAUACUAGCAUUUUCAUUAUUGCUUUACAAAAACAAUAGCAUUAUAUUUAAAUGGUAGAGAAUCUACAGAAUUUAUGGAAAACAUUUGAUACAAAACUGAAUUAUUAUUUAAAGCCUCUGACUUUUAAGUACUUUCUUUAGUUUGGCUGUAAUUUUAAACCAGUCAUUAGAAGUAAAGCCUAAGUAUUUUUGAACUAGUUAAUAUGGAUUAUAUAACAUUCUGUACAAAACCUGAGUCAAAUAAAGAGUUUUCCCUAUUGAACAAAUUAGGUUUCAUUUUUUGAAUGAAAGUAACAUAUGUAUCACCACAGUUUAUAGAAAUAAUAAGUUUUCAUCUAAAAUAAUCUUUCUUUCAAAUUAAAUUUUUACAACACUACAAUGGAUUAAUGAUUUCCUAGUUUUUAAAGCUCUCGAAAACUUCCUUAGAUAAUUUUCUUACUGAUUGGCAUUGAUGCAUGAAUCAUCUUUCCUGUGCUACCUGUUUACUGUCAAUUAAAAAAGAAGGCUUUAGUAUUUCAUGUAUGAAGAUUUUUUAAAUUUUUUUUUUAAUUCCUAAUUCUACGUAGGUUGGUAUGAUGCAUACCAUUAAAAAAAAAACAUAUGCAUUAUUCCAAGUAUUUUCCCUUCUGUCUGAAAGCUUUCUUUUUGUAUACAGUCAAUUCUUGGCCAUAAGCUCUAACAUGAGUAGUUGGCAAUAUCUGUCAAAACCUAGGGUUCUAGAAAUUGACCCCUUGUUGUGCCACUAGCUGGAUAUAUAGGUUAUUUAUUAUGAAAAAUUUGUGCCUUAGAGUUUUUAACUUUUACAAGCCUUUUAAUAUUUUUUUUAAAAUUUUGAUAAAAUCUAAAUUUUACUCUAUCAUAUUCCUGGCCAAAUAUGAGAGAGGGGGUUCAAUUGUGUCUGAUCUUAUUCGCAAAAUAACAAUUUUUUCUUUUGACUUGAAGUAACUAUUGAACUAUUCUCUUAUUGUGUCUCACCAAUACAUGAUAUUCAGUAGAUUUAUGUUAGCAUUAGUUACUACUUUAUUCUCUGAUAAAAAUAAUUCAAUGUCCUAGUUUAUAUCAGAAUUAUACAAAAUUUAGAGCAUAUUUAUGUGGUUUUGUCCACUCAUAAUAUCAAAGCAAAUUUCUAGCAUUGGUAUGCUGUUCCUCUAAUGUUCAGUUACGGUGUUGAAUCCUAAUUUUUAAAUAGUAGUUAAGAAUUAUUAGAUGUAUACAAAAUCUAAGUAUACAUGUCCAGCAAAAAAGUUAGUUAGAUAUGCUCAUACUUUUUUUUUCAAGUACAGUUGAAUAAAAUGUAAUAGAAGGAAAUGAAUUAAAAAGGAUUGUCAUUUUGAGUAGCUGGUGUUCCCUGUAAAUUUGAGAUACUAAAAAACUUAAGAAUUCUGUAAAACACAGUUGCAUUCACAAAAAAUGUUUGCAAGCAUAAAAAAAUUCCCUCUUGUUUUGUUAAUUUUGAGGGGCUUAAUUGUUUGUAGUUAAAAUAGCACUUUUUUUAUGACUGAAAAUAUGAAAUACUUAAUUACGAAUUUGUGUUGUAAGGGAAAAGUUCACUUAGUACAGGACUAGAAAAAAUUUCCUUAAUGCACAAAAUGAAAUAAAAAUUUAAGUUAUCAAAAUCACCAUAUGAAAUUUAUGUUCAAAUUUUUAUUUAAUUUUGUGCAAUAAGGAAAUUUAUUCUAGUUCUAUAUUUCAAUCAAGAAAAUAUUAGGUGUAGUAGUAAACAAAAGUGAAAAAACUAAGACUUGAAAUAUAUAUAUAAAUGCAUUAUAAAUAUAGUCAUUUGUUCUAUUUUUAAUAUAAAAAUUUGUCUUCAUUCCAUCUUUUCAUAAUGGUUAGAUAAGACCACAAGUUCUCAAUUGUAUACAAUUUUUAAUCUAACAUUUUGGAAGCAUAUUGCAUAUUUUAACUGGGCAUUAUAAACUCAUUUGCAUACUAGGCUGUUUGAUAGAGUUGUAUUUGUAUAUAUAGUUGACUUAUCAGACAAUUCAAUACAUAAUUGAAUGUAACAAAUUAUUUUUGUAAAAGUAAUAUAAAUGUUAUUUUGACAUGUAAUAAACUAGAAAAUAAAAUGUAUACUAAGU